GUAGAGGCAGUUCCAGGUGGCUGGUGCUGUGGCUGCUCUCCUAUGACCAACCAGCUGCACAUUUCUCAGCGUUUAUAAUGCCAAAACCAUGUACCAGCCCUUUGCUCUGCAGGCAGGUGAGAACCAGUUCUGACAGUCCCAGGAGCUGGGCAACGCUCAGUUCUACCAGAGGAUGCUGGUCAGGGAGUGGGCCAGGCUUUGGCCCAGUCGGGUUUCCACCAGAACCCAUGGAGACCAAAGGCUGCCCCGUUACAUCGUUGGAGGCAGAGUUUGGGGCCGUGCAGCAGCCGCCCUAAAAACGUUGGGGAGCGCCGCCAGCCUCCGUCGGUGAGGCCGCCUCAGGGCCGCCCCUGCUCCGGACGGCGGCUGGUCCGAACCGUCGGUCCUUAACCGUCGCCCGGGGCGGUGAAAGGUUUGUGUGGGGGGACAAGAUGUGAGCCCAGCCCUCAGCGACCGCCCGGAGCGCCGGGCUCCCACACGCGGCGGCCGCCCGCUCGGUCACAUGGAGUUGCCAUUUCCUCUGCCCUUGCUUUGCCCUUAAGGAGGUUGUGCUGCCGGUGGUGCCCGCGCCUCGCUCCUCACGGGCGGCUGCGGAGGGGCGCCCUGUCCCCGUUUCCCCCCCUCCUCCAUCGCCACACACAGAGCGCCCAGCCCCGGGGAGACGCAGGGGUGGCUGCGGCGGGAUAAAGGGCAAGGGGUGGCCGGCUACCCAGCUAAAAACAACCCUCUCCUCAUAAAGCGAUGGGGCCUGGGCCGCGCCGCCGCGCUCCCCGAGCCCUAUAAAUAGGCUUCUUGCGCUGCCCGCGGGCUUUGGCCGGUGCGGCUCUGCAGGCGGCGCGGUGCAGCGGAGCGGAGAAAGCGCAGAGGGACCGCAGCCACCGCCGCCAGGAGAGCCUCGAUCCCCUCACCCCGCCACCCCAGCAAGAUGCCCCGGGUAGACGCAGACCUCAAACUGGACUUUAAAGAUGUCCUGCUCAGACCUAAAAGAAGCAGCCUCAAAAGCCGAUCAGAGGUCGACCUUACACGGACCUUCACCUUCCGCAACUCCAAACAGACAUACACAGGAAUUCCCAUUAUAGUGGCAAACAUGGACACUGUGGGGACAUUUGAAAUGGCCGUGGUUAUGGCAAAACAUGCAAUGUUCACUGCAAUUCACAAGCAUUAUUCUUUGGAAGAGUGGAAACUGUUUGCUGCCAAUCACCCAGAAUGCCUUGAGCAUGUAGCAGCAAGCUCAGGUAGCGGAAAAGCUGAUUUGGACAAGUUAACAAGUAUUCUGGAGGCCAUUCCACCUAUCAGAUACAUUUGCCUGGAUGUGGCAAAUGGCUAUUCAGAGCAUUUUGUGGAGUUUGUGAAGUCUGUCCGUGCCCUGUUCCCACAUCACACCAUUAUGGCAGGCAAUGUGGUGACAGGAGAGAUGGUAGAAGAACUUAUUCUUUCUGGAGCAGAUAUUAUUAAAGUGGGUAUCGGACCAGGUUCUGUGUGUACCACUCGGAUUAAGACAGGGGUGGGCUAUCCACAGCUAAGUGCUGUUAUUGAGUGUGCUGACUCGGCACAUGGCUUGAAAGGACAUAUCAUCUCUGAUGGAGGAUGCAGCUGCCCAGGAGAUGUCGCCAAAGCGUUUGGAGCCGGUGCUGAUUUUGUCAUGCUUGGAGGAAUGUUUGCAGGCCAUGAUCAGUGUGCUGGAGAGAUUAUAGAAAAGAAUGGCAAGAAGGUGAAACUCUUCUAUGGAAUGAGCUCUGAUACAGCCAUGAAGAAGCAUUCAGGAGGGGUUGCUGAAUACAGAGCUUCUGAGGGCAGAACUGUGGAGGUACCAUACCGAGGGGAUGUGGAACUCACCAUCCUGGACAUCCUUGGGGGGCUGCGCUCCACCUGCACCUACGUGGGAGCUGCCAAGCUGAAGGAACUGAGCAGGAGAACGACGUUUAUCCGAGUCACCCAGCAGCACAGCCAGGUCUUCUCUUAGCCCCGGACUGGGGAGCUGGAGAGAGAGUGGUGGUGGGGAGGAGCAGGAAGGGCUGCUGUUUUGUUUUGCUUUCUCUUCCUUGUUGUGUCAGUGGCAAACUCUCUCUCAGAAUGGCAGUGUCAUAGCCAUUGGAGGGGCUAUGGCUGGGAUUUGGAAGGGGAAGGUUAUGCUGUUAAGACAGUGCCAUUGUUUCUAAAUGCAAUAGCCUCAUCUUUUGUUGUUGUGCCUAUUUUAUUUUUUAGUCAGCAUUUCUUCACCUGUUUUUUUCCCCCUUCUGAUAAAUGGCUGUUGAAACCUCAGUUAACAAGGAAUUGGCUUGUACAGACAUGGCUAAUAGAUCUGCAUACAUACACAUUCCCUUUUUUAAGACUGACCUGCCACCUACCACCACUUGUGGCAGUGCACCCUCCAGAAAUUACAGACUGGGAGAGAAAAAGACGCAAGGAAUUGAGUGGAGAAACCAAAAAUCCAAUUUUCCUUAUCUUUGUUCUGGUGAAAGAAGGGCUGUUUGUGGCAUUGCUGCCAGCCUGCAGAAUUUCAGAGGUGGAUCAGGCUUGACUGCUGGGGACUUCUUACUGUGAUGAUAAACAUGCCAGAUCUGUCAUGGCCAGUUCACAGGGCUGGUACUGUCACUUUUACCUAAAUCUCCCUAUUCAAUGGACUUGCCUCUCCAGAGAAGCUGGCAGUGAAUGCAGCUAACCUGUACUGUCUUCUCUGACCCCAUCUGUGGAGAUGGUUCAGGAGAAAACCUCUCAGAGCUUGCCUGCUUUUUCAUGCAUGCAGCCAUUGAAUUACCUGGGUUCUUGCUUUUAUCUGCUCUCUGUGAACAGAUUUUUAAGACAUUGAAACUCAGCAACAUCAACCUCACCAAGGGGGGGGGGGGGUGUUCUGUAGCCCUCACUGUUCCGUUGCCUAUUCAUAGCCAUUUAGCAAAGAUACAUAAAUGCUGUGCUGUGCAUUGUGUGUGGCCAGGUGAAUGCGGCCAGAGGGAUCAGAUUCACUUUGGUUAUUUGGUACCAGUCCUUUGCAGUGCUUGACACCAUGAAAAGCAAAAGAGCUUUUGGCAGAAUAGCCUGACACUGAUAGGCUGAGCUGAAGUUAAAGCAUUUGCUCUGAAGGCAGUAAUGAAUGCUUAAGGCUCUGGGUAACACUUCAAUAAAGUGUAAUGGCCCACUAAUUAAUAGAUAAAUCACAAUGAAAUUUCUUUGGAAAUACACAUUGCAUCCACAUGAGUACUGUAGAAGCUCAUUAUGAUAAAUGAUGUGAAAGUGAGCACCAAUGAAUUAAUAAUGCUUGGCCACUUACUUUAAAGUGCUGCUGAGAUCAUAAUAGAGCUAAUGUUACUUCAGUACUGCAGAAUCUUCUUUCCCCUCCUAUAGACAUCUGUGGGAAGAGGCAGGCUUCCUUUGAAAAGCAAAAGAGUGAUCUGCAGGAAGAGGAACAGCAAAAAGAAACUCUAGAAUUAAACUCAUCUGCUGGACAUCUCAAAAAGCCACGCACAAGGACUGGUACAAUUGACCAUGCUGAGGAGCAAAUCUAGGCCACAAGCUGAUCCCUGGUGAUUUUAGAGUGUGUUGUCCACAUUAGAAAAAAGCACAGAACAUCUUCUAAAUAGCCUGGUAUUUUAAAUAUCUUCCAUCUAACAUGCAGGCCAUAAGUGUGGUAUGACCCCUUCCUGGGCUUUGGAUGUGGAUAAGGGCCUUAGUAUAAAACACAGAUUUAUGCUUGUGCUGCCUUUAAGGACCCUUUCUCCUGCCCACAUAUCAUAAAGGAACCUGAAGGCAGAAGAGAAGAAGGCCCUGUGAAUAAAGGACCUGAUCGCUAUUCUCUCCUGCCUGAAAAUACCAAGUUAGGAAGAUACCAGGUUUGUUUACCACAAACCCUACCGUGUGCUACAUACUACUCUCACCUGCAUUAAGCCCAGAGGACAGGCAGUAUUAAUACUCUGCAUCAGUACAGCUGCAGGAGGUCACCAUUCCUUUGUUUAAUGUGAUAUGAAGGGUAGGGUGAACACCUCUGUCAGCAGUGGGGUUAGACCAUUGUGGUGCAGGCCUGACCACAGGUGUGUUUCCACGCUCGUGCCUUCAUACGUGGGAAGAGCCGCAGUCUGCUGUCUUCCGCCUACUCUGGCUAGCGCUUUUCUACUUUUUUUAGCUACAUUUCUAAACAAGAGUUUAAGGAAUGCAUAUAAAAAUAUAUAUUUGUAAACAUUUUUUAAAACCUCCAUACGCACAUUGAAUGGAGCAGCUUCGUGACAGGUCUUUGGAGCCAUUUCUUUUCCAAAGGGCAGGCACUGGGGACACGGGGAGACUGCCUCUCUGCAGGUGCGGCAGGCGUGGAGCCUCCCACGCAGGCAGGUUGUACAUGUACAUGCAGCUCUUCCUGGGGCCACUUCUGCACCCACCUGCCUUCCCCUUUCACACAUACCUCCGCCUGACCAGGGACUGUAGGGAGGGAUGGGGAUAGGCUCCACUGAAGUUGUCCCCUGAAUUCUCCAGGCUGUGAAUGACAUUGAUGCUAAGGAUAGUUACUGAUAAAGCUUUGACCUGGGUUAUUUGGUUUUCUGAAUAGCAGCUCUUCCCAUCAUUUUGAUAAGCAGCAUGUUUUCUUUCCAUUUCAUUUUCUCCUUCUCACUCCAAAGUGAGUGAGGGGUAGAGAGUGGCUGCAGAAGGGCUGACGUGGUGGCAUGUCUGCAUCUCACCGAAGGUUAUAUGCAAGUUUUGUUCAGGGAUAACCCUCAACCGUGUCAGUGCUCACCACUGACACUGUACAUGUCAGCCCUCAGGCUGGAAAACUGAAAAAAAGAAAAGCCUGAGCCCUCCUUUAACAUCCAGUCCUGUGCUGUAGCAGUUGUCCUUCAUUUAGCCCCAGGUCCUGUGCCCUACUCAAGCCUGGUGCCGCUCUCACAGGAGCUGGGACAGUGGGGGAGCUGAGGGCAUGCUGAGCCUGGCAGGGUGGUCUGAGAAGAGACCGCAACCACUGACAAACACCACGUGCCAUUUGUGGAUCUACCUCACCUGCACAUUUAACUGGGUUCUGUGUUACUUGGUGUCCUUCUGUGGUAAAUGACAUUUGUAAGCGUUUAGUGUUAAGUGAUUCGCUACCCCACCCCAACCCCAUCAUGUCUAGAGGAAUGCUGUGAGCGGGAUAACCUGCUGCUUGCAUGAUGUAGCCCAAGGUCAUGCCAGCUUUCCCCAGCCAGGCACUUGCUGAGCACCCAAGAGCUCUGUUAAGGUUUGGCCCCCUGGCUCCACAGUGAUUUAGUUUAACAUGCCGAAGACCUACAAGUGGGGAUGCUGAAAAGGGCUAAUGUCAUUAAAGCAAUCUGUGCUGA